AUGUACCGUUUCUUGCUCGAAGCGCGCCGCAAAGACCUAGGGUCGGAGCACCCAGACACGCUUGUGAUAAUGAACAACCUUGCUUCGGUGCUCAAGUACCAAGACAGCGAAUCAGACGAAGCCACGCCCCUGCUUCGGCACGUGUACGAGACUAGAUCGAAGAUCUUGGGGCUGGACAGUGAUCUCGCAAAGGAUUCGAUGCGGUUUCUUGCAGAUCAUCUGCGAGACUUGGGACAGCAUGAAGAGGCUGAAAUUUUCUGUCGGCAAAAGAUGGGGCUGGACGAGAUUGCAGACGAUAGUAACGCCAUUCCCAGUCCUCAACAGGACCAACUCCCAGCUGAUCCGGUGAGACAUGCCGCUCCGAUAGCGCCGAGCGGGCUUGAUGACGUUGGUGUCAAAGAAGAGGAUCUCUGGUGA